GUGGAUCUCUCACCUACUUUAUUCUACUUAAAUUAUUUGAAGUCUCCUUUGUAUUCUUGUGUUGACAAUGCGUCGUUUCUUCGUGGUGCUUGUGACUUUUAUAAAACUCUCUCCGUUCCGUCAAACAGUCUUUAUUUUCACCCUGGUUGUUGUUUAUCCGUUUGUGUUUGGCUGAGUUUGAGCUCCGGUACCUGAUCCCCCCCUGGACAGAUGUUCACCGCUGCUGCUGCUGCUGCUGCUGCAUCAUUACGACCCUGCCUGUGACUCACCACCACACCGUCGAUGCCCGAUGCAACUCGUCCACGUAUCCACUGUUUUGUUUUUGCCCGACGCGCAAACGCAGGGACGCGCUGCCCGUGAUGGGAACUCUUUGGGACUCUUUGAAGGAUUCUCAUGCUUCAUUUUUCAGCAAAGCACUCAGCUGCUGGUGGCGCUCACAAACUGAGAGGAUGAAGGACAUAACUUGUCUCUAAGUUAGAUUUUUCUUUUCUUUUCUUGAAUCAUUGUUCGGUGGUAGAUGUUUGUGCUGUGCGUAUUUUCCCCUGCGGCAUCUGUUUUGAUUGGAAUACACCUCCGCAUUAAUUUCAUCUAGCUUACAAAUAUCCAGCAUGUUAUUUGUUUGGUAAUUAAAACGCCCACUCUUCUUUUGAAAAACAAGUACUCUCAGCCCCAAACACAGUUGGACCACUCUAGAGUACGUGUUGCAGAUGAAGUGGAUAAUUUGGAUCGACCUUAAAUAGCCUCAUGUUUGUGUUAGACUUUGGAGAGGACUAUCUGUCCCCUGGAGGAUUUCAUGCGUGAUUUGUCCGCUCAGAACUGUGACCUUUUCUUUUUUCAGCCUCACCAUGGACAGGGUUACGCUUCUUGGAUCUUGGUUUUACGCACGCAAACUUUACCUCUGCAGCUCAACCAGUGAUGAUGGGAGGACAGGGUAGCACCAAGGGGCUUGAGGAGUCCCAGACCCGAGGUGCCUAUAGCAGUCUGGGUUAGGCACGGCCCCGUGAAUAACCGCGCGGCGACAGCAUGCCCUCUUGGCCCAAUCUCUCGGAGUGCCUCUCCCUUAACUGCAGCUGGGAAGAGACCGACAACGUCACAAGGAACGCUGACCUCGGCCGGCCUCCAACCAAUUACUUCUCAAUCCCUCUUCUCACUGCCACCACCAUCGCCUGCACGCUGCUGUUUCUGGUCGGGGUGGUCGGGAAUGUCAUGACCAUUUUGGUAGUGAGCAAGUACCGAGACAUGCGCACCACCACUAACCUGUACCUAUGUAGCAUGGCCGUAUCCGACCUGCUCAUCUUCUUCUGUAUGCCACUGGACCUCUACCGUAUGUGGAGGUAUAGGCCCUGGCGGUUUGGGGACGCGCUCUGCAAGCUCUUUCAGUUCGUCUCAGAGUCAUGCACAUACUCCACCAUCCUGAGCAUCACCGCGCUGUCAGUGGAGCGCUACCUGGCGAUCUGUUUCCCCCUGCGCGCCAAGGCUCUGGUCACCAAAAGGCGUGUGCGCGCCCUCAUACUUCUACUCUGGACAGUGUCUCUAUUGAGCGCCGGUCCCGUGUUUGUCAUGGUGGGAGUGGAGCGUGACAGCAUGUGGCCGACAAAUUUCACUUCAGAAAUGAAUGAGACUGACUCCGCCUUGGAGGACACCCGGGAAUGUAAGAUGACCCACUACGCAGUGGAGUCAGGCUUGAUGGGCGCCAUGGUUUGGUUGAGCUCGGUUUUCUUCUUCAUGCCGGUGUUCUGUCUCACAGUGCUCUACAGCCUCAUAGGCCGUCGGUUGUGGCAGAGACACAGAGAGACAAACAUCAACUCCCGUGUGGCUCACCGGGACAAAAGCAACAGACAGACCAUCAAGAUGCUGGUGGUGGUGGUGUUGGCCUUCGUCCUUUGCUGGUUGCCGUUCCAUGUGGGUCGCUACCUGCAGUUCCGCUUUCUGGACGCACCGUCUCCGCUGCUGUCUGUGUUGUCCGAGUACUGCAGCUUGGUGUCCGUGGUUCUCUUCUACCUGAGUGCCGCCAUCAACCCCAUCCUCUAUAACACCAUGUCGUGGAAAUACAGAUGCGCAGCGGCGCGCCUCUUUGGCCUGACCGACAGCCAACCGCAACGAGGACGCACGGCCAGCACCGUGAAGGGUGACGGCUCGAACGGCUGGACGGAAUCCACAGUCAGCUUCUAAAAACGCAAGACUGUCAAGAUGUCAGAACAGUGUGUGCAAAACAAUCAACCCUAAGCUGAUAAGGCUGACCUAGAAGCAAUCAUUUCUGUCAGGCCGGGGGGGAAAAACGGUUCAGUGUGUGACAAAAGAGGAUGAGAAAUGCGCAAAAAAAAAAAAGAAAAGCUGCAGGCCUCUUUCCACUUUGUCAACAUGCACCGAUAGAACUUCGAUUUUUUUCCCCCUCCUUAAAUAUUUUAAUUUUCUUGUUGGAUGAUUUCAGCAAGUGCUAUUCACACCACACACUCAUCAGCAUUUUGAAAAGCACGACUGCUGGAGUGCAAAACACACACCAGGCUGAAGUGCUUGUAUUGAUCCAAACGUGAACAA